AAGACCUUGCUCAACAAAAAGGUAGAAGUCAAGAAACGCAAGUCCAGCUCUACCGUCCAGUACAUGCCCCAGACAAACAGCACCAAAAACAGCAUAGUCACCAGCCCCAAAGGAAACACCCAUUCACCUGCUCUGGAACCUCAGACAACCGUCAUCCAUAAUCCAGUGGACGGGAUGAAGGGAUCAUCAGACAGCAGCAACACCACUGUGGAGGAUGAAGAUGUGAAAGGAAAGAGCUUAGACAACAGCUCGCUUAAGGCGCAAUCCAGCACGAGCUCCCAGCCCGAUAGCUCUCAGGGCUCCUCAGCUGCUGUGUUCUCUACUACAAAGUUUGCUGACCUGCUGGGCUCAGUGCGUAGGGGCUCAGGGCCCACAUCCGACGGGGAAGGGACAUCCUGCACUCCACCUCCCGCUGCCCUCUCCGCCCCCUCCCCUCCACACACCCCCAUGCAGAUGUCUCGGCUCACUGACCUGGUAAGCAGCGUUCGCAGGGCGGCGCCGGCGGCCCCUGCGCUCAAUUCUGACGCUGCACCGGUGCCUAGUGCCAGGCCCACCCCUCUAAACGCACACACCACCUCCCCACAUCCCCCCCACUCCCCCUCCAGCCCUCCCCUGUCUUCUUCCCAGAGUUAG